CCCCCUUCCUUCGACCACCACCUCCUUAUUUAUAUCCACCCGCGAGGGGCAGGCUUUCUCUCUCGCUGCUUGUUCUUUUCCCGGAGUGUUUUCUUGCCGAGGGUCUACAAACAUGGCUUCGAGGCAGCAGUUGGCUUUAUUUAGUGUCUCAGAUAAAACUGGCCUGGUGGAAUUUGCAAAAUGUCUGAAUUCUUUGGGUUUGACUUUGGUUGCCUCAGGAGGAACAGCAAAAGUUCUUCGGGAUGCAGGCUUGAAUGUCAGAGAUGUUUCCAAUCUUACUGGCUUUCCAGAAAUGCUUGGAGGACGUGUGAAAACUCUUCAUCCUGCAGUGCAUGCAGGCAUCCUGGCUCGUGAUAUUCCACAAGAUAAAGCUGACAUGGAAAAAUUGGAUUUCAGCCUUGUAAGAAUUGUAGUUUGCAAUCUCUACCCAUUUGUCAAAACAGUGGCCUCCCCAAAUGUUACUAUACAAGAAGCUGUUGAACAGAUUGAUAUUGGAGGUGUUGCUUUACUGAGAGCUGCAGCAAAAAAUCAUGCCCGGGUGACAGUUGUUUGUGAUCCUGGGGAUUAUACUGAUAUAGCAAAAGAAAUGAAAAACCAUUCUGAUAAUGAUACCAGUUUGGAAAUUCGGCGUCAGUUGGCUUUAAAGGCCUUUACUCACACUGCUCAAUAUGAUACAGCAAUUUCUGACUACUUUAGAAAAGAGUACAGCAAAGGAGUAUCUCAACUUCCACUGAGAUAUGGCAUGAAUCCCCAUCAAACUCCCGCUCAACUCUAUACUUCAAGGCCUCAACUUCCUCUCUCAGUUCUGAACGGUUCCCCAGGGUUUAUAAAUCUAUGUGAUGCUCUGAAUGCCUGGCAGUUGGUCAGGGAACUGAAGCAAGCAUUGGGCAUUUCCGCUGCCUCUUCAUUCAAGCACGUCAGUCCAGCAGGUGCCGCUGUUGGUGUGCCCCUCAGUGAGGAAGAAGCUCAGGUGUGCAUGGUGCGUGACUUGUACCCUACUCUAACACCCUUGGCAACCGCAUAUGCCAGAGCAAGAGGUGCUGAUAGGAUGUCAUCUUUUGGGGAUUUCAUUGCUUUAUCUGAUAUCUGUGAUGUUCCUACAGCUAAGAUCAUUUCAAGAGAGGUGUCUGAUGGGAUUGUGGCUCCAGGCUUUGAAGAAGAAGCCCUCAAAAUACUAUCCAAAAAGAAAAAUGGCAGUUACUGUGUACUCCAGAUGGAUCCAACUUUUGAACCAGAGGAAAAUGAAAUCCGUACUCUCUUUGGAUUGCAUCUAAUGCAGAAAAGGAAUGAUGGUGUGAUUGAUCGAUCACUAUUCAAAAACAUUGUUACUAAAAACAAAAAUUUGUCUGAUUCUGCUAUCAGAGAUCUCAUUGUUGCCACCAUUGCUGUUAAAUAUACUCAGUCUAAUUCUGUUUGUUAUGCCAAGAAUGGACAGGUGAUUGGAAUUGGGGCAGGGCAGCAAUCCCGUAUCCACUGUACCCGUCUGGCUGGAGACAAGGCAAAUUUCUGGUGGCUCAGACAUCACCCACGAGUGCUUUCCAUGAAGUUCAAAACUGGAGUAAAAAGAGCAGAGAUCUCCAAUGCUAUUGAUCAAUAUGUUACUGGGACCAUUGGUGAGGGUGAAGAUUUUGCAAAGUGGAAGGCACAAUUUGAGGAGGUCCCCAGUUUGCUUACUGAAGCAGAAAAAAAGGCCUGGAUUGGAAAAUUAAAUGGUGUCUCACUAAGCUCUGAUGCAUUUUUCCCUUUUAGGGAUAAUGUAGAUAGAGCAAACCAGAGUGGAGUCCAGUUCAUUGUUUCCCCGUCUGGUUCUACUGCUGACCAAGUUGUGAUUGAAGCUUGUGAUGAACUGGGAAUAAGUCUUAUUCAUACCAACCUUCGCCUGUUUCACCACUGAUAUUUAAAAAUCAGUAUUUUUGAAACAUCUUCUUUACACAAUCUGCUAAAAUCUGCACAUGUUGAGAGGACUAAAAUAAGAUAAAAGUAUGAAAAUUUCUUGAAAAAUAAAAGGGCAAAACUAUCAA